CAAUCAUCAGUUGUAUCGCUCACUCUCAAAGUUUGAGUCUUCUUCACAAAUUUCUUUUACUUUUUAGCAUAAAAAUGGGAAGGUCGCCCAACAGCUUCGCCAGCGGCUUGAAAAGAGGUCCUUGGACACCUGAAGAGGACCAGAAACUCUUGUCCUACAUUCAACAACAUGACCAUGGAAGCUGGCGUUCCUUGCCUGAGAAAGCAGGUCUUCAGAGAUGUGGGAAGAGCUGCAGACUGAGAUGGACUAAUUAUCUAAGGCCUGAUAUUAAGAGAGGAAAGUUCAGUCUUCAUGAAGAACAAACUAUCAUUCAACUUCAUGCUCUUCUCGGCAACAGAUGGUCUGCCAUAGCUGCGCAGUUGCCAAAGAGAACAGACAACGAGAUCAAGAAUUAUUGGAACACGCACAUCAAAAAACGGUUAGCCAUGAAGGGUAUCGAUCCAGUGACUCACAGGCCAAAGGUUGCCUCUCUAGGCGCAGCCGACGGUGACCCCAAGAACGCCUCCAACCUCAACCACAUGGCUCAGUGGGAGAGUGCUCGACUUGAGGCGGAAGCUCGACUAGUGAAGGAGUCAAAGGCGAGGCACAACGAACCAACGACUAACUUUUCAUCAUCAAGCUCUCGCUGCCCUGCACCUUCAGUUCACUUAAUCAACAAAAUGGCUACUAAACCACCUUGUCUCGACAUCCUCAAAGCCUGGCAAAACGUUUGCUUCAAGAUGUUUGAAAGCAGCAUUAAUACUAAUACUAUCACUGAUCUUGAGUCACCAACAUCUACUCUGCAACCGCCAAUUGUUAAUGCAUCUUUGGGAGGCGAAUUGAAAGUAGCGAGUGGUGUUGACAAGGUUGUUGAGGCUGCCGAGAAUGCAUGGACCGGGUAUAACGAUAUCCUUGAUGGGUUUAGCAGUGUCUUGGAUGAUUAUGGCAUUAACACAGGUAAUCAUCAUGAAGACAACAGAAACUACUGUUGGAAUGAUUUAAUGAGUUUAAUACCGUCGCCUGUGUACUCCCCCACAUUUUGACCGAUGGAAGAUUAUGUACAAUAACGUUCUAAAGUUGGGUAGAUUCAAAUAACUUCAUAAAUGAUAAACAGAAAGUUAAUUAAAACGCCUGUUUUUGCUACCACAGGAAUAAAUUCGUUCUGAAAAACACGCAUUAAUGCUUCUGAUUUUUAUUCUUCCUUUGCUCAAGGGAGUUAAUACUAGGAACUGUAGGCAUUC